AUGGCUGCAAAGUCGGACGGGAUGGGAGGGACGGCGUUCGUUUCGUUGCAGAAUUUAGGUCAACGCCCAGCCGAGAAAGAGUACUCGCUGGCGGACUGCUGCUGGAUACUGGGCGCCCUGCUCGUUUUCUUCUCGGAUGGGGCGACCGACGUGUGGCUGGCCGUGGACUAUUACUUCAAAGGCGACUACUGGUGGUUCGGACUGACACUGAUUUUCGUGGUCGUGCCGUCCCUGGUGGUGCAGGUGCUGAGUUUCAGGUGGUUUGUCUACGACUAUUCGAACAGCGGCGGUGGGAGCAGUGCCCGAGCCCGAGCAGCAGCAGCGGCGGCGGGAGGAGGAGGAGCGGCGGCCACUGGUGAAGCAGCCGAUCAUUUCAGCACCAAGGAGAGCGAAGCGAGGCAGCGCCGGCGUCCCGGCACCUCGACCUGCUGCCGCCUGUGCAUGUGGCUCCUGCAGUCUCUCAUCCACAUCCUACAGCUUGGACAGGUCUGGAGGUAUCUCAGAGCCAUGUAUCUUGGGAUUCAAAGCCGUUGGCACAGAGAACAUGAGCGUCGACACUUCUACUGGAGAAUGAUGUUUGAGAGUGCUGACAUAAACAUGCUGCGCCUGCUGGAGACCUUCCUUAAAAGUGCACCACAGCUUGUCCUGCAGCUCAGCAUUAUGGUGCAGAGAAACCAUAUUGGAACCUUGCAAGGUCUAUCAGCAGCAGCAUCGCUACUGUCCCUUGCUUGGAUGAUAGCUUCCUACCAGAAGGUACUUCGUGACUCCAGAGAUGACAAAAUGCCCAUGUCCUACAAGGCUGCGAUUACACAGAUUCUUUGGCAUCUCUUCACCAUUGCAGCUCGAGUAAUUGCAUUUUCCUUGUUUGCCUCCGUUUUCCAACUCUACUUUGGAAUCUUUAUUGUCAGCCACUGGUGCAUCAUGACCUUCUGGAUCAUUCAUGGGGAAACAGACUUUUGUAUGUCCAAGUGGGAGGAAAUCAUUUAUAAUAUGGUUGUUGGAAUUAUCUACAUUUUCUGUUGGUUUAAUGUUAAGGAAGGGAGAACUCGGUGUCGAAUGCUCAUCUACUACUUCAUUACAUUUUGUGAAAAUGCUGCCUUGACUGUGCUGUGGUACUUGUACAGAGAUUCCCGUACAACAGACUUUGAAGCCUUAAUUAUAGUUUGUGUAGUGUUUAGUAGUUUUGCUCUUGGAAUAUUCUUCAUGUUUAUAUAUUAUGGUGCUUUGCACCCAAAUGGACCAAUGUUUGGGUCACAAGGAGGGUGCAUUGAUGGUGGAGAACAAGACACUGCUACACAUAUACCUGCACAGGUUAUAACAGUUCCUCCCCGUGCAAUGACCCAGUGCCGGACUACAGUUGGCGAGCAAGUGCCAGCUGAUCGAGACAGUUGCAUGCCUGUUUUCCAGGUAAGGCCCAGUGUGCCCCCAACACCAGUGUCACGCACACUGCGAACAGAAGGGCCUGUUAUCAGAAUUGACUUGCCCAGAAAACGGUAUCCUGCAUGGGAUGCGCACUUUAUUGACAGGCGGCUGCGCAAAACCAUCCUGGCCUUGGAAUACACCUCACCUGCCACUCCACGCCUCCAGUACAGAAAUCUUAGCUUCACACAGGAAGUACUGGAAUAUGAAACUACUGUGUAG